AUGGGAUUCUCCAGCGACAAUCUGAAGGGAUUCGUGUUGGCCCUCUCGUCCAGCGCGUUCAUAGGGGCCAGCUUCAUCAUCAAGAAGAAGGGGCUUCGCCGGGCCGCUGACGCCUCCGGUAUCCGCGCAGGUGCCCCCCACCCUUCUUCUCUCUCUUAACUGCCCUUGACCAAAUUUCCUUAUGAUAGCAUGAGCUUCUUAUUAACUUGCUCUGCAGGCGGCGGCGGUCAUACUUACUUACUGGAGCCUCUCUGGUGGGUGGGCAUGAUCACGAGUAUGCGCUUGCCCUCUUCCUGUCUUCUGGCUCUUCUCUGUGGGUUAUGAGGAAGAAGAGUUUGCCAUUAGUUUCUGCUAAAUUCUCCAAUUACUCGAAAGUUGUUGUUUAUUUAGGAUCUAAGGACUAGUCUCCGCUAUUCUGAUCAAAAUUAACCCGGAAUAUAAUUCAGUGAUCGUCGGGGAGGUUGCAAAUUUCGUGGCAUAUGCGUUCGCCCCGGCAGUCCUCAUCACCCCUCUGGGUGCACUGAGCAUCAUAGUCAGGUAAGUUCUUACAACUGAAUGAACGAAUUAGCUCUGCUCAGGCAACAGUUUCUUGGGGUCCUCACAAAACUGAAAUACCAUCGUCCCUACAGUGCGGUAUUGGCUCAUUUUAUCUUGAAAGAGAAGCUCCAUGACCUUGGAAUUUUAGGCUGCAUUAUGUGCAUUACGGGGUCCAUUGUUAUAGUGAUCCAUGCUCCAGAGGAGAGACCCAUCACCUCCGUAAUGGAAAUUUGGAACAUGGCCACUCAAACAGGUUGGUAAUAUCACGCGUUUCCCUCCUACAAAUAUACAUGUAAACUUAUCUAUGUCGUUUUACCAUUAGAGCAUAUGACUUACUGUGUUAUUUUCUCAGCUUUCCUGCUCUAUGUGGCAUCGGUGAUCGUACUGGUCUUCGUGUUGGUGUUCCAUUUUGCUCCUCUCUAUGGACAGAGCAACGUCCUUAUUUACACGGGCAUUUGCUCUUUGAUGGGCUCUCUCUCGGUAUGUGCUAUUUGCUUUUCUUGAUCAUUAUGUUUCAUUGUAAUUCUAACCUGGAUUCUUGUUUUGUCUCCCCGCAGGUAAUGAGCGUGAAAGCUUUGGGGACUUCCUUGAAGUUAACAUUUGAAGGGUCAAAUCAGUUUGUCUAUCCACAGACGUGGUUCUUCACUCUGGUAGUGCUUACUUGUGUUAUCACGCAGAUGGAUUAUCUCAACAGGGUUAGUUUACAAACUUUUUGUUCAAUUUAUAAUUUUCCCUAACGUGAAACAGCGAGUUGGGUGCACAUAUUCUUUAUGGGAUUAUUGAUCGUAUCAUGUUGCAUGUAUGUCACACUUAUCAAAAAUGACGCAUGAAUGUUUUUAGUUUAGCUGGAAGUAUUAUGUGUUUCGUAUGUCAUUUAUAUGGUCUCCUUGCCUAAGGUCAGGAGUAUGUGUAUGACUGAGGAUCUUAUGUUACCCAGAUGUGAUUGGGCAUCUGACCUGCUUCUUUUAGCAGUUUCAGUAUCUAAUUCAUUGGAUCUUUGUGUCUGCUGGGGUUUUCGAAGAAUUAAAAAUCGGAAAAGUAUUAAUAAUGCUGAGGUGAUGAUUAUUGUUGUAAGAGCCUCCUCACCCCAGACAGAUCUACUAAGAGACUUUUAAGAAUAAUCGAUCCCAAUUACUAAGCUAAAUAUAGAGGGAAGAUCAAAUCGAAAUAAGGUCGAUCUAUGGUCUAACUCUUCAUCAAGGCAACAUCUAGGCUUCACAUAACUCACCAUCUACAUCAGAAAUAAUGGAAACUCGGAAGUACAGAAACUGAGAUGAUUUUCUUUGAGGAAAGCCCUUCACCAUUUUAUCCUAGCAACUACUGAUUGCUCUCAUACUUGUGCGAAUUUCCUAAGUCGGAACCCAAAUCCCAAACAUAGAUAAGCUUAACAAUCCUAAAGAUGAUACUCUUCAGCUCUUAGAACGUCAUUUGAGAGAUUCUUAAACUGUUAAAGACUGAAGAAGUAGUUACUUUUCACCUUCAGCUCCUGCUGGCUUGUGCUCCACUGUUCCAAUCAGACUUUGAGCCACGACAAAGUGGCUCCUAUGCAAAGUCUCUGACUGUUAUCUUCCACAGGACCUCUACAGUCCCAGUCAUCUUCGGAUUGGUCAGCUGCUUCUAUGUGGGUUCCACAAAAAAUCUUACUGGGUUCGCUGUCUUUCCUGAAUUAUGCGGCUCAAUCAUGUUGGAAGCUCCUUCGUGUGCUACCCCAUUAGUAUCCUCUUUAUGAUUUUAUAGCGAAAAUUUCAUUGACAAAAUCUAAUUUGUUGUCCAUCGCCAGAUUCUAUAUUGGUUCCCCAUUGAGCUUGGUAUCAGUUUUGGUGAUGAAUCGUAUGGCCUUUGUUUAUAUAUUCUGGAACUAUUUAAUUUAAACGAUAGUCGAAUGCCUUCCCGUUUGAGGGUGCCUAGACUCGUGAUAAAUCUACAGAAAUUUAGCCCAUUGAGGCUGAUCUGGACACCUUUGAUUCUCCCAAAAUCUUGAAUAUUUUUCAUCCCCCAAUUGGUUACACAAUUUGCUUUCAACACAGCUGGCUUCCCAAUUGGUUAAAAUGAAUGGUUCCAUUUUAGGAUAUAUAAAUUACCGUUCUUUGUCAAAUCCACUCCACGUUUCUUCCAAUGACUCAGUGAUGAGGUUCAGCCGUUCCCCUUUUUGGUAGACCCUUUACAAAGAGGGAACCCCUCAUUACCUCAAUCCUCUUCUUGAUAGUUCCGGGUGUAUUUGCUGGUCUGAAAUCAUAGAUGAAGGUAGGUGGGGCCGACUUGUACAAUUUGGGCCAUGAUAAAUUUCCCUACUCUUCACAUCUGGAAGAGUUUGAGCAGGGAUCCCUUCCCCUUCUCAGCAGAUUGAAAGUCGUCUUUUUGCGCUAUCCUAUCAUAUGUAAAUGGACUGAGCUCAGUUUAUGGGCAAUUAAAUUCUGAGUAGGGGACUCAAUAACUUCGACUAUGAUAUAAAGGAAAUCGCAAUACAGAACCCAGACAGAUGAUGGUUUUCCUUCCCUCCUGAGGAUAAUGUAGACCGUUGCAGUACAAAUUCCUACGCCAUCAACCUGACGUUCGAUUAAGACCCACAGGAUCAGAUUAUAAGGGUUUUUAGUGUCGAUUGAACUUAUUUUUGUCAUAAUUUUAAUACCCGAUUCUACUUGCUGGAAUACAGUAACACUCUUGAGCAGUUGAGAGCCAUUAGAUGGUCAACUUUAUUUGCUGCAUCAGAGGACCAUCACUGGCUUGUCUUUGCGCAUCAGAGACCAUGUCCCACGUCUCACCCAUGUUUUGCUUGGUAAAGAGCACAUUUUUUAAAAUUCUUAUUAAUAUGAAAUUUAUGGGAUUAUUCUUGAAAUUAUGUUUUAAUGGCUUCACAAUUUUUCGUUGGGAAAAUAAGGCACACUGCUUGCUACUUUCUCGUGUUACAUGGUGUUAACCUUUCAGGCUCUUGACACCUUCAACACAGCAGUCGUCUCACCAAUCUACUAUGUGAUGUUCACCACCCUUACCAUCGUUGCCAGUGUCAUAAUGUUCAAGGUAUCAUCAGUAUGGCGGUCUUCUCAGUGAGUCUCUCCUAUGGCUGUCUAGAGCAAACAACAGUCACGAAACCUAACUCUUGCCUCCGUUGGUCAUUUCAGGACUGGGAUGGCCAGGGUGGGGAGAGCAUCAUCUCUGAAAUCUGUGGCUUCGUCAUCGUGAUCUCAGGAACGAUCAUACUGCAUGUGACCAAGGAUCUCGAUAGGAACCCUUCAAGAAGUGCGUACUGAUAUGAUACCUCUGCACACUUACCCAGCCCGUUCUCCACUGAACGGACGGUUUCUUUCAUGCAGGUGUGUAUGCUCGGCUAUCCCCGUCUCUGUCAGCCCAUCUCUGUGAUGAGAAUGGAGAAUCACUGAAGCAUGUUGCUGGAGAUGGGACAUCAUCCGACGCCAUCUUUAGAAGACAAGAGCUGUAUUGA